AUGGGAAGAAUAUUCGGCCAACAAGGAGAAGUACUGGAAUCCCUUCCAUCUAUGCAGACGGACAACAAGAUCGUCCAUCAGCAACAACCACCACCGAAACCGUGUAAGGACAACCACCUUCUAUUAAAAUGUUCGGCAUUUCAAAGACUUUCUGUGGCGGAUCGGGAUUCUCUACUGAAAUCUCAGGGACUUUGCCGGAAUUGCUUUCGAUCGGGGCAUCAGGCAAAGGAUUGCCAAUCCAAAUUUUCCUAUCGGAUCUGCAAGAACCGUCAUCACACCCUGGUUUGCUUCAAGUCGGAGAAAGAUCACACUGUAACGGUCGCAGCGAUUGCUGGGGGCAAUCAUCCUUCAAAUUCCAAGGAAUCCCAAGGCUCCUCAGGUUCCAAUUCAAUCCAACUGGCUAACGUGGCAGCCACUGACGUUUCGGUAUGCGGUACGUCUAAUCAACUCACGUCGCAAGUCCUUUUAGCGACAGCGGUAGUCAUCGUCGAGGACGACGUUGGUUCAAGGUACCACGCCCGUGCUCUUCUUGAUUCCGGUUCAGAGAGCAACUUCGUAUCGGAACGGUUAACCCAAAGGAUGAAGGUAAUCAGGAAUAAGGUCGACGUCUCGGUUCUUGGUAUAGGACAAGGGGCUACCAAGGUCAAACAUACAGUCCAAGCGGUCAUACGUUCGCGAAUCUCGGAUUUCUCGCGAGAUAUGAGGUUUUUGGUGCUACCCAAGGUGACUGCGAAUCUCCCUACAACCUCAAUCAACACGGAAUGGUGGAUUCUACCGAAUGGAAUUGAGCUAGCGGAUCCUGCAUUCUUCACGUCCAAGGAAGUCGACAUGGUGCUAGGCAUCGAGGCUUUCUUCGAAUUCUUCGAAUCGGGGCGAAGAAUUACAAUCGGCAAACAUCUACCAAGCCUUACAGACUCGGUAUUCGGUUGGUCCGAGGACUUGGAAAGGUUGAUGGCACGUUUCUGGUCGUGCGAGGAGGUGGAAUUCACGGACGCUUAUUCUCUGGAGGAGAAAAGGUGUGAAGAAUUAUUUCAACGUGGAGUUCAAAGAGGUCCAGAAGGUCGUUAUACUGUUCCCCUACCCAAAAACGAAGACGUUCUUCCAAAUCUGGGCGAGUCACGGGACAUAGCAUUCCGACGUCUUCUCGGAACGGAACGGAGAUUGGCAAAGGACACCAACUUACGGGAACAAUACAUCGGAUUCAUGAACGAGUACCUGAAACUGGGACACAUGCGCAAGGUCGAAGAAACUACGGAGGGACCGGUCAAACGGUUUUAUCUUCCCCAUCACCCGGUGGUCAAGGAGGCGAGUACCAUCACCAAGGUCAGAGUAGUCUUCGACGCCUCGUGUAAAACGUCAUCCGGAUUGUCCUUAAACGAUGUGCUUCUGGUAGGGCCAGUUGUGCAGGAAGAUUUGAGGUCAAUUAUCCUACGCAGUCGGAUGAAGCAGAUUCUCCUCGUAUCGGACGUCGAGAAGAUGUUCCGACAAAUCCUUACGUGGCUCAAGGAUCGACCACUCCAGUCCGUAUUAUUUCGCUUUUCUCCGGACGAGGAAGUCGCAGUGUACGAACUGAACACCGUUACGUAUGGAACCAAACCCGCACCAUUCCUGGCAACACGAACUCUCCGACAGCUGGCUGCUGACGAAGAAGACCGAUUUUCGCUCGCGGCAAGAGCAAUUUGUGAGGACGUCUAUAUGGAUGACGUCAUCACCGGUACGGACGAGGUGGAUGCAGCUAUCAGUCUCAGAAACCAGUUGACCGAGAUGAUGCUGUGUGGUGGUUUCAAGCUCCGAAAGUGGGCUUGCAAUGUUCCCGAAGUUCUGGAAGGCUUCACAGUUCCUCCGAUAGAACCUGGUGUCCCGUUGACGAAGCGUCGAAUAUUGUCACUAAUCGCAACGCUGUUCGAUCCGCUUGGAUUGAUUGGUGCCACGACUUCGUCUGCCAAGAUCUUCAUGCAGCAGCUUUGGACGUUGCAAGACGAGACCGGCAAUCGGUUGGACUGGGAUCAACCAGUACCCUAUCAUUACCAGAUCACCAACCUGGAUAGCUCGUACUUCCCCGAACCACUUGGAUUGAGGAGACAGCACCGGAAGAUAUUCUUUGAUCCACCGUGCCCAGUAACGAUCUAG